AAAGCAUAAUCGUUUCAGUAUUUAUAAUAUCAUGUGUGCGUGGAACCGUAUCAGCGAAUAAAACAGCACUACACAGCCUACAUAUCCGACAGUUGUGGCUGGGAAUUCACGAGUGAUACUUCCCGACUGAUACUUCACGAGUAUACUCAAUUUUCAUUGUGUCAAAGUAAAAGGUGACUAGGAAUUAUAAACUUGUGCAAGUACCAGCGAGCAACGAGUCGAUUGAAAGUGUUGGAUCGAAAGUGUGUCGUUCAUACGUCGUCGAUAGAGAAUCUAAAGAGAAUCGUCAUAUUUUUAUUAUGCUCGCUUGCGAAUUCAUCUGUACAAUUUGAGCAUUCAAUUUAAUCAAUUGACGGAGUGGAUGGCCGGUUGUACGACGCGAGAGAUGCUGGAAGCUAGAGAUAAUAAUAAAAAUGACGCGACAACAGUCAACAUGCUCGACGAAGGCUGCAGAAUUCAAUUAUGCGAAACGGAAGAGCUGAUGAAGCCCGAGUCACAACGGAAGUCACAACUGCGUAUCGAAUUCAACGAUCUCAAUUAUUCAGUUUUCCGUAACGGAAUCAAGAAAACGAUCUUACGCGAUGUGACCGGACACUUCGAACCAGGGAAGAUCACGGUGAUACUUGGUCCUUCCGGCGCGGGAAAGACGACGUUGCUGAAAAUCAUCUCGGGCGAACGAUGGACCAACGUCGACGGCACCGUCAUUGUAAACGGCGUCAAACAAAACAGAGGAACAUUUCGUAAACAGAUGUGUUACGUGCCGCAAGAAUUCGCUUUGCUGCCGUUCCUCACGACGAGAGAAACCCUCUACAUAGCGGCUCGCCUAAAGCUCGUUAAGCAAAGCGAGCAAAUGAUCGCUCGUCUGAUUGUAAGUACGAGAACGAUGAAAAGAAGUAGCCAUUGAAAUUAUGAAUCAUAUAAUCUGG